GAAUGGUCCACAUUCAACUGAAAAAAACAGGUGCUAAUAUUGGUGGCUGGGAUCUUCCAAUCUGGGAGAUUUUUGGGGCAUUCUCCAUCCACGGUGGGAAUUGACAGACAGAUGGUAUGGAUUAAAGAAACAUGGGCCUCGAUUUUCAGAAUUGAAAACCAUGUAUACAGCGGAAAGAGACAAAACGAAGAUCCGCAUACGUGUGGACAAACGUCCGCCGCGUACCGUUGGCGAAUCUACCGUUGUUACUCUCUCUCUCUCUCUCUCUCUCUUCUACCUUCUAAGAGGAGCUGAGCUGGGUCAGCCAUCUAAACCUGUCCAAUCCUAUAAUCUCUCGGCCCUUCGCAUUUCUAGCCUUCACAAGAUCCGAAAAUCUCUCUCUCUCCUUCUUUCUCAUUCAACGGAAAUGACAGAGCUUUUACCGUUUUGUCGCCUAUCCAUUUGGGCAUUUUCUUUUCUAUUUUUCUCUUUCACUCUUUUUUCCUUUUUUUCGCAUCCUUUGAUUUUCAACAAAAUAGCAGAAGUGGCAUUUGAUGUCUUUAACCGAUUGAGUAUACAAGAAAAAAAGAAAAAUAAAAAUAAAAUAUCAAAGGUCCAAAAACCCAUUGAAAUCCUCGGCCAGAACUCUUAUUUGAUUCUGUUCCUGCGAUUAACGCUGGAUUUCUGGUCUGGGUUUCAAGGGGUUUUGGGGGCAUCGCUCUCCAUCUCAUUAGGUGGUGUGGUGUUUCCUUUGGUAGAUUCAGAUUUCCAAUUUGGGUUCUUGAUUUUGCCUUCGAUUGGGUGGUUUCCUAUCGAAUUCUUGUGAUUUGAGGUGUGGGUUUUUGCAACCUCAGGAUUUUGUGAUCUGGGUUGUUUCGAAUUCCAGGUUUUUGGUAGGAAUGCCGGCCAACGGCGGGCUUCAUGCAUCAAAGGCCGCUGUCCAUAGGUUCAGCGAAUCUUGACAAUUCAGUCGCCUCUCAAAUUUGGACUGUGAGGGAUUAUGGGCUGCAUUUGUUCGAAAAGUGCUACAGAAGAUAAUGUUGAUAAUCAGAGAGAGAAAGUAUCACUAAGUAGGUUGUCGAAGCGGUUUCUCACACCGUCAAGGAGAGAGGAAGUAGCAGUAGAGGCCAAUUAUGGUGGUAAUGGGAAUGACGUGGUGGAGACGGUGAUCACGAAGCCGAAAGAGAUUGUGGUUCCUACCCAGCAAUCACUCGACAAGGAAGCGAAUAAAGCAGUCGUUGAGCUCCCGAAGAAGAUCUCCCAUCAAAGAGGUGCAUCUGUGGAUAUAGGGACAAACAGAGAACCUCAUUUGCAUAUUUCAAAUGUACCUAAUGGUAUCGAAGGGGAACAGGUCGCUGCAGGGUGGCCUUCUUGGCUUGCUUCUGUGGCGGGAGAAGCGAUAGAUGGGUGGCUGCCACGCAAGGCGGAGUCAUUCGAGAAAUUAGACAAAAUUGGACAAGGAACCUACAGCAAUGUAUUCAAGGCCCGUGAUCUUGAAACUGGCAAGAUCGUCGCACUGAAGAAAGUGCGGUUUGUUAAUACAGAUCCAGAAAGCGUCCGAUUCAUGGCAAGGGAGAUUCAUAUCCUGCGCAGACUGGAUCACCCAAAUGUUAUGAAGCUUGAGGGUUUGGUUACAUCGCGGAUGUCAUCUACCUUGUACCUUGCUCUUGAGUAUAUGGAGCAUGAUCUUGCUGGACUUGCGGCAGCGCCCGAUGUCAAGUUUACCGAACCGCAGAUCAAGUGCUAUAUGCAGCAGUUACUUCGUGGACUUGAGCACUGCCAUAGUCGCGGGGUUCUUCAUCGAGAUAUCAAAGGAUCCAAUCUUCUGAUUGACAACAAUGGCAAUCUCCAGAUUACGGAUUUUGGCCUCGCCACAUUUUUCAAACCCAAUCAGGAACAGCCACUGACAAGCCGUGUCGUGACGCUAUGGUAUCGGCCUCCUGAGCUUCUGUUGGGGGCAACUGAGUAUGGGGUUGCAGUCGAUCUGUGGAGUACGGGUUGCAUCCUCGCCGAAUUGCUCACUGGGAAGCCUAUAAUGCCAGGACGGACAGAGGUGGAGCAAAUGCACAAGAUCUUCAAACUUUGUGGUUCACCAUCUGAAGACUACUGGAGGAAAUCAAAAUUGGCACAUGCAACCAUCUUCAAACCUCAACACCCAUACAAGCGCUGUGUUUCCGAGACGUUCAAGGACUUCCCGUCCUCAGCUUUAGACCUUUUGGAUGUUCUUCUUGCAAUAGAACCUGAGGAUCGGGGAUCAGCGUCUUCUGCCCUUAAGAGCAAGUUCUUCACAACAAAUCCCCUUCCAUGUGAUCCUUCAAGUCUGCCUAAAUACCCGCCAAGCAAGGAGUAUGAUGCUAAACUUCGGGAUGAGGAAGCUAGAAGGCAAAAGAAAGCAUCCGUAAAGGGGCAUGGAGCUGAAUCCAUAAGAAGAGGGUCGAGGGAAUCCAAAGGAAUGCCAGCACCAGAUGCCAAUGACGAUCUACAGAUGAUGCAGAAGCAAGCCAUUCCAAAAAUCACCAGCGAAAAAUACAAUCCUGAAGAGGAUAGCAGAUCCGGGUUCCACAGCAGUUCUCACAGAGGAACUGCUCAGGCAUUCGGUUCUUCAAGGGGUAUGAAUGGCCCGAAAUUGAAUACACAGAUAUCUCACAUGCCUCAGGCAGGCGCUGACUUGUCGGCAAGAAGCAAUGAUUACAGUCAGAGGGGUAUGCAGCCGCAAUGGCAGGAUCACAGAACAAGUAACAGGUACAAUCAGCUGGAUGUUGCUGAGCCCUCCGAAGGGAGUCACCAUUUUCUGGACAGGCCAUCCUCAUCACAUAGGAAGGGAGAAAGGAUGGUCGGGCAAGAUUCUGCAAUGGGUUAUGGAGCUAAGAAGAACAGAAUCCACUACUCUGGACCGUUGCUGCCUCCGGGGGGUAGCAUCGAGGAUAUGCUCAAAGAGCAUGAGAGGCAAAUCCAACAGGCUGUGCGAAAAGCGCGUCUUGAGAAAGCCAAGACCAAGAAGAAUUUCGACUAGAAAGUACAUCUGGAAGUGUUUAAAGUCCAAUCCAUAAGAAAUGGCAGCUCAGAUAUUUAAGAAAGUAGCACUUCACAGUGUUCAAGUGCUCCGACGGUGGUGGGUUUAUACUCUCUUUGGAAGGGGAAAAUAGUGCAAAUGCCACGGGAUGCAUAUUACAUGCUUGAGUUCUUUCAAAGCGAAGGAACUUUUGUACUAUGGAGCUUCCUUGAGAUGUGAAAUAUCUUUCAAUGGUGGGAUUUGGUAUUGGAAUAUGUAUGGAGCUUUUAACAGUCCAGAAGCUUGUGUGGUUUGGAAAUCGUCUAUUUAUCUAUAUACUUCUAUUGCAUUUUAGCUGAUGACUAAAAACAGUAUGUGACGAUUGUCCGGUGGGUGGCUCCCAGUUGGGUUCUUUGGAUUUAAAUUUUUUUUUUUUGCAAGGGAUAGAAGGCAUGAGAGACCCUGUUUGGCUUUUGUUGGGUAGUGUCUUUAGGUUGCAGCGAUUUGUUUGGGGAAAGUGAAGAGGGAAUGAUCAUGUGUACCACACAUUUUGUAAGGCAAAACCAUCUUCCAAACUGGAACACGUUUAUUUAGUUCAAAGUAAUAUGCUUUCCAAUGCUUC